UUCCUCUCCAACAAUAUUACCAGUUCAAAUCAAAUGCCUUUAAUUAACAAACUAGAUGAUUGCAGUGGCUUCAUUCUUCAUUCUAUUCUCUUCUUCUCCCAACUUGGUACUUUUAAGGUGACUUUAGAGAAAUGUUAUAGUACAUUCUCACCGCCAAAACAUCACAUAUUGGGGCGCGUGGAUUAUCGUACUAUUUCGACAUGACAAUACAAAAUCAGACAUCACCAUUUUGUGACUUGUAUUGCUUCCCCUCCGUCGAGAUUGCGCCUAAGGGCUGGUUGGUUUUGAGGAGUUUUGUGUCUCUUUUUAUUGUUAGUGGUAGUACUAGAAAGAAGUAAGUAGUAGCUAGAAGAUAAAAUAGUACAUUCUAAAUUCGCUUUCUCAAUAAAGUUUUUCCCUUUUUACUCUUUGUUCUGCUUCUCCAAAAAUGUGGUCAUCAACCAGUAGUAGCAGGGGCAUUUCAUCUUCUUCUUCUUCUUCCAAAUCAUCAUCAUCAUCUUCUUCAUCUCGUUCUCCAUUUUCUCCUUCAAAUCAUCAUCUAAAUCCAAGACUUAAAACCAUGGAAGAAGUUUGGAAAGACAUUAAUCUUUCUUCACUUCAAGAACACACUACUACUUACUCUAGAGAUCAUGAUCAUCAUCAAACUGCUAAUUUUGGUGGUAUGAUUUUACAAGAUUUCUUAGCUCGGCCUUUUGCUACUGACCCUCAACCACCACCAGCAGCUUCUCCUGUUCCGUCUACUACUAUGUUGAAUUUGAACUCAGUUCCAGAGCUUCAUUUCUUUAGUCAAAACUCAAUAUUGCGCCCACCAACACCUAUUUCUCAAGUCCCAUUUGAGGGCUUGGCUUCUUCAGCUGCUAAUGGAAGGAAAAGGGUCCCUGAAACAGAGAAUAAUUCUGCAGGGGACAGGAGAAAUAAAAGGAUGAUCAAGAACCGUGAGUCUGCUGCUAGAUCAAGGGCUAGAAAGCAGGAAAGUAGCUAGCAUUUUCUUAAUCAUAUGUCGUUUUAAAAUUGUUUUCUGUUGUGUUGUCGAUUUUUAGCAAUAAACUAUGUUUAUUCGACUAAAGAUGGUCAUUGUCCCUUUAAAAAACAAAAAAAAAAAAAACAGAAAAGGACAUUACAUAAGAAGGGAAAAAAAACAUUAUUCAGGGGCAUGAACAUUUUGUUUGGAACUAGUUAUUCUUAAUCUUUGCUCCUCCUUUUCUUUAUAUAUGUCUUCUUGGUUUGGACAAUAUGCUAAGUCUUCUCUCUUAUUUUUUUCUCAUUUGAUUUUUCUCCAUACUUUCAGGCUUAUAUGAACGAGUUAGAGCUGGAAGUUGCCCAUUUAUUAAAAGAAAAUGCCAGGCUCAAGAAACAGCAACAACAGUUACGCUUAGAAGCAGCUGCUCAAGUUCCUAAAAAGAAGUCUCUCUAUCGGACGUCAACAGCUCCAUUUUGAGAAAAAGUCUACUACUGUAGUAAAUUUUAGAAGACUUAAUUGUCAAGUGCUAAUUUUACUCUAUUGCUACUAGUAUUAAAAACUAUUUCUGCUACUCUUCCCAUUUUCCCUUUUUGUAAUAUCAACUGUUGUUUCAUUGUGGCCUUGUGUGGGCCGGCCGAUGAAUAGGUUGUGAUUUAAGGAAAGUAUAGGGCAAUAUCAAAUGGGAAGACGGUUUAGUCUUUUAUGGCAAUGAAAACUAGCAAAUUGGAAUUUUUA